CUUCACCACUUGCCACCGGAAGUAAGAUGUCUCGUUUAGAAGCUAAAAAGUCGUCAUUGUGUAAAAGUGAACCACUGACAAGUGAGAGAGUCAGGGCCACACUUUGUAUCUUGAAAGGAGUCCUGACAUCCAGCUAUGGCCCUUCGGGGAGGCUGAAGCAGGUGCACAAUGGGCUUGGAGGCUGUGUGCUCACCACCUCACAUUCAUCGGCCCUGCUCUCCAGCCUUCCCAUCACCCAUCCCAUUUUAAAGAUCCUGACGACAUCCAUGCAGAAUCACGUGUCGUGUUUCAGUGACUGUGGCUUAUUCACGGCCAUUCUUUGCUGCAAUCUGAUUGAAAAUCUUCAGAGAACAGGCUUGACACCCACCACUGUUAUUAAAUUAAACCAGCACCUUUUACGCCUCUGCACCAGUUACCUCAAGUCCGAGUCCUGUGGUUGUCGAAUUCUAGUUGACUUUAGCAGGCCUCAGACCCUCCUUUGUUUGGUGCGCAGUAUAGUAACAAGUAAACCCGCUGGUAUGCUCACCAGAGAGGAAACAGACCACAUCAGUGCUUUGGUUCUGAGAGCCUUUUUGCUUACAAUUCCAGACAACGCCAAAGACCGCCUCCUUUUAGGAAAGAGUAUAAUUGUGCCUUUAAAAGGUCAAAGAGUUCUAGAUUCUUCUGUAUUCCCUGGAAUACUUAUUGAAAUGUCAGAAGUUCAACUGAUGAAGAUCUUACCUAUCAAAAAAUCAGAUGCCUUCAAGGUGGCACUCUUUUGUGCUUCUUUAUCUGGAGAUCUCUCUGAUACUGGAGAAGGAACUGUGGUGGUCAGUUCCGGGGUCUCUCUUGAAAAUGCAGCCCUGGAGCAGUUGCUUAACCUAGGAAGGCAGCUAGUUGGUGAUCACGUAGAUCUUGUCAUGUGCCAAAAAGUUAUACACCCAUCUUUAAAACAGUUUCUCAGUAUGCACCGUGUAAUUGCUGUAGACAGAGUUGGAGUGGCUCUGAUGGAACCCCUGAGUAAAGUGACAGGAACACAGCCUAUUGGUUCCCUAGGCUCAAUCUCUCCUAGUAGUUAUGGAAGCGUGAAAGAUUUGUGCCCUGCAAAAUUUGGCUUCAAACAUUUUCUUCAUCUUAUUCCUAAUGAAGCAACUAUCUGCAGCUUGCUGCUCUGCAGCAGAAACGACACUGCUUGGAAUGAGCUGAAGCUCACAUGUCAAACCGCACUGCAUGUUUUGCAGUUGACAAUCAAGGAACCGAGUGUUUUGUUGGGAGGUGGCUGUACUGAAACUCAUUUGGCAGCAUAUAUCAGACACAAGACUUGUAACGAGCCAGAAAGCAUUCUCAAAGAUGAUGGAUGUACUCAAACAGAACUUCAGUUAAUCACUGAAGCAUUCUGCAGUGCAUUAGAAUCUGUCGCUGGCUCUUUAGAACAUGAUGGAGGUGAAGUUCUUACUGACAUGAAGUAUGGACACUUUUGGUCCGCUCAGGCAGAGUCUCCCUCUGUUGUUAACUGGCCAGAUUUGCUUUCAAGAUGUGGCUGUGGACUAUACAAUAGCCAGGAAGAACUCCACUGGUCUUUCUUGAAGACUACUCGGCAUCCCUUUGCACCACAAACUUGCCUUCCACAUGAAGCUACGGGCUCAGCCAACAACCUGACCUUGGACUGUUUUACUGCUAAGCUUAGUGGCCUGCAGGUGGCUGUGGAGACAGCCAAUUUGAUUUUGGAUCUUUCAUGUAUCAUUGAAGAUAAAAACUGAUAGCAUAGCAUAUUUAUGUUACAAACAAACAAAAAACUAGUCAGGUGUCAGUUAAGAAAAAUACUGAGUGUAUUUUUUUUCUCUCCCAAAGGCCUGUUCUGCAUAUUUGGAUAGAUUAUUCAUAAAAUUAUAGAGAUACUUAUAUAAUGGGGAAAAGUCUGAUUUUUAAAUAGAAAUACCAUAGAAUAUGAAAACUAUGAAGCAUUAUUAUUAAAGGUAUUAUAGUUAUCUUAGGGUUUCCACAGAUGCCACUGUAUAUUUUCUAAAUUUUUGUUAUUAUUUUGACAUCAUUAAAGAAUAUACAGAAAUAAAAAAAAUUUCCUAACCU